UCCCGUUAUUAAGGACUUCUAAUAGCUAAUUUCAUUUUUAAUUUAAGAUAAUAAUGAUGCUAAGAAUUUUUUUUAAAGAAAAUUUCAAACUUUGUAAUAGCUAAUAUAGUUAUCAACACUUCACUCAUAGUCAAUUCCAUCCUGCAUGGUUUAAAGAGUUCACUUCUAGCUAGUCUAUUCAAUUCCUUCCUUGUCUUUCCAUUACUUAAAUCAUUAUAUGUUCUAAUAGCGCGAAAAAGGAAACGAUCUUUGUCUUGUAGAUGUGUUUUCCGUGUUUCAGUCUAUAGUUAUGUGCAUCGGGUCAGUGAUUAGGUUUUCUGUCAGACACCUGGGUGCUAAGCUGUGCAAACAUUUACAAAUCAUCACCGCAGCAUCCAUUAAGAGCUGCUUUUGAGCAGUAAUCCGACCAAGCUCUUCUAAUACCCGACUGAUGUGUUUAAACUUCCUUGUUCCAGCCACGAUAACUGAACUUAAGUUUAGUAAUGGUUUGCUGGUAGUCGCUGACCAGUUAGUUGAGCAAUGACACAGUUUACGGAAACCAGCAGAACGUCCCUGGAAAACAAAUGUUUAACUCUAUUCAUCUGAGAUAAUGAACAUAACAAUGAUGACUUUAACUUUCUUAUAUGUUAAUUUUAAGUUAAGUUUGGGUCCAAUACUAUAAUUAGAUAUUUGAUUGACUCCUGGACAUAAAUUUCUUCUUGACGUUUUAGAGGCGUGUUAUCCAAGUGGUACCCAUUCCACUACAGCUGUACCAGAAGAUGGUGGGUCUAAUCCAAGUAAAGCUGAGCAAGGAGACAAUCAUUUUGUCGCAGAAAAAGUGCCUGACGCGAUAGCAGAUUCGGUUGAAAAGUUGCUUUUCGACGUUACUAAAGAAGAUAGAGAGGACAUUUAUUCGGUGUUGUGGGAUUUUGGGGGGCAGUUUGUUUACUAUGUCACCCAUCCAAUCUUUCUCAGCCAAAGAGCAAUAUAUCUUUUGACUUAUGACCUCAGCCAGAACCCACAUGACAGAGCCAACCCUCCUGUGAAGCAAGGAAGGUUCCAGAAAGUCAAAGACAACUUUUGUCUAAAAACCAAUUUGGAUUAUCUAGAUUUUUGGAUGACUCAUGUUGCUUCCCUGGCUUCCCUAACCAAAGACCAUCAGAGGAUCAAAGACGAUGAAAUGUAUGCAAGUCCCAGAACAUCUGUAUUGCCAGAGAAAUGUCCCCCUGUGUUCCUGGUGUUCACUCACGCUGAUACGCCCUAUGGUGGUGGUGAUCCUUAUUUACUCGCCCGAGAAAUUUUUGGUUGUCUUCAGUCCAAGCCUUACGGAGCGCACUUAUUUGAAGAAAUAUUUGUGGUGGAUAACACAAAGUCAGGCAGUGUAUCUGAAUGUCCAGGUGUUGUGCGCUUGCGAAAGGAGGUGUUUGCUGUUGCUAAGGAGCUACCGCAGAUAAAGGAAGUCAUUCCCAUUAAGUGGCUCAGGUAUGAGAGGGAACUUCAAGCAAUGAAGGAGAUGGGUGACAAGCACAUUUCUCUUGAGAAAGCAAAACAAAUUGCAUCUGAAGUAUGUAACAUCAAAGAGGAUCAAGAGAUUUUGACAUUGCUGAACUUUUUGCAUGACCAGCGAGUUCUAAUUCAUUUUGAUGACACUCCAUUGUUGAAAAACCUCGUGGUCUUGGACUCUCAGUGGUUGGUUGAUGUGCUUAAGAAAGUGAUAACUAUUAAGCCUUAUGAUCCCAAAGAAACAACAGAAGAUCAAACAUUAUGGGAAAGGCUUGAGCAAACAGGAAUUCUUGAGGAAGAACUUUUAGAACAUGUUUGGCGCCCUUUGUUUGUUCACAAAGAAACCUCUGAGAGUCUUAUUGCAAUCAUGGAGAAAUUCAGCCUGCUUUGUCCUUUGCCGUCAUUAAAUGCACCAUGCAGCAAGCAGUAUCUGGUGCCAUCCAUGUUGAUGUCACUUCCUCCCAAAGACAUCAUCAAGUUGGUUGCCUCUGCUCGGCUUCCCUCUCUUUUCCUAAGAUUUGAUUCUGGUCUGGUUCCUGCAGGCUUGUUUCCCCGACUCGUAGUGAAGUUCUUUCAGUGGUGGACUGAAGAAUGUCCAAGCCAGCAUGUUCCCCAAUUUUUUCAUAACUUUGCCAGGUUUUUUAUCUCGCCAGAUGAAGGCGGUUCCGUGGUCUUUCUUUGCCAUUCAUCUUCAGUUGAGGUCGUCAUUCUUGGUGUAAACGACAGUCUUACUCUGACAGGACGUUUACGUUCAAAAAUGAAAGUAUCUGCAAGGUUUUGCCGUGACAACACUGAUAAGAGUCCCGCCCAUUUUGUACGUAGCCAACUAGCAUUGAUGAUUGAUUCAAUGCGCAAUGAGUUCUUUUGGCUAAAGAACAUGAGAUGUGAAAUGAGUUUUCUCUGCCCAGUCUGUUGUCACCAGGGUGCAGUCAACUUCUGUCGAAAUCAUCGUGCAAAAGGUUGUAAGCAAGAAGAAUGCCUUCACUUUUUCUCAGAGUCUGAGUUGUACAAGUCUACAGAAGCCAUCGUGUGCAUCAGGGCAGCUACUGCCAAGGAUAAUAGGGUUUCCAUCAAGCAGUUUGCUCCUUGGUUUACAUUUGGCCAGAACGAGCGAAAUAAAGCAAUUGCAGCCGCUGAAUUUCGUGAGAGACUUAUUCUGCCUUUUGUGGAUGGUCAUCAAGACAAGUCCCUGGCCCUGCCUAGUGACAUUUUAGGACCUAUUUUACAAGACUGUUCGGACGCCCAGAGCGUUGUAGUUCAACUACGAAAGAGACUGCAGCUAGACCGUUCCUCUUUGCAAAAGCCAGAUCUUGAGACAAGGAGAUGGAUCCGUUCCCUGGCAGGGGAGGCGAAGCAUUCAGACAGACUUGAUGUUGUCAAAUACCUGAGGGAAAUUGUACCAGCUGGAACCACAGGCCCACUUCUGGAUAAUCUUCUUGAUGUUCGAGAGAUUCCUGGUCCUCAGAUAACGGACCUAGCAGUGCAUUUGUGUGGGGGAGACGAGUGGAAAUUGGUUGCCGAACGAAUAGGUUUUAAUCAAGCAUACAUCCGUUGCUUCGACAACCGCUUUCGUAACCCAUUGGAAGCUGCGUUGAGUUGUUGUGAUUUGACCGUGGGUCAACUCUAUGACAUCUUGGUCGAAUGUGGGUUACCUGUGCUUGCCGACUUCCUAUAGGAAUGGCAUUUGGUUAGUUCCUAUUAGGUUAAUUUUCUAUAAUAGUUAGGUUACAAUAGGAUAGUGAACUGAAAUAAUUGUAUAUAGCCUUGGCUUACUUAGUUUCAUAUCUAGCAGUGUUAUCAGUGGCUAUCAACCCACAUAUGAGUUAGUUUAACACUGUUGGGAGAAGGGAAUGCAACUCGACAAGGGAAUCUUAUUUCAGUGCAGAAGAGAACCAUCGAACAUAGCAAAAGGCAGCUGCUAACAGCAUCUUGAUAUUGAAGAAAAUCUCAAAACGGUAUUGCUUUCUUAGGUAGAAAAAAUGUUAAGCUUAAAGAACAAGGAUGGGUAAGAUAAGGAAAGAUUAAAACUGAUUAGAAAUAUUUUAAUUGGAUUGUUGUCCGGGCUAAGACUUGUGUAAUACGAAUUGAAAAAAAUUGAAUUGGUAAGAUACUGAUUAAUUAAAGGGACACAGUCAGCUUUGGGACCGCGC